CCGGCGGCUGGCGCAGCCCUUCGCUCGCCCGGCCUCCCCCUCCCUGGUUCGGCGCUCUGGUUCCGCCAUGGAAUCCAACAAGGAUGAAGCCGAGCGCUGUAUCAGCAUCGCCCUCAAGGCCAUCCAGAGCAACCAGCCCGACCGGGCGCUUCGCUUCCUGGAGAAGGCGCAGCGGCUGUACCCGACGCCGCGGGUUCGCGCUCUGAUCGAGUCCCUCAACCAGAAACCACAGUCGGCCAGUGAUCAACACCAACCCACAGACGCGACGCAGACGACUCACAGGAAAGCGGGCGGGGCCGAUGCCCCCUCGGCCAAUGGCGAGGCCGGAGGAGGAGAGACCGCCAAGGGCUACACCGCCGAGCAAGUGGCCGCCGUGAAAAGGGUCAAACAGUGUAAAGAUUACUACGAGAUCCUGGGCGUGAGCAGAGGAGCCUCGGAUGAAGACCUGAAGAAGGCCUACCGCAAACUGGCCCUCAAGUUCCACCCGGACAAGAACCAUGCUCCUGGAGCCACCGAAGCUUUCAAAGCCAUUGGCACGGCAUAUGCGGUACUCAGCAACCCCGAGAAAAGGAAACAGUAUGACCAGUUUGGUGACGACAAAAACCAGGCUGCCCCGCAUGGCCACGGGCCCGGGGACUUCCACCGAGGCUUUGAGGCUGACAUCUCCCCCGAAGACCUCUUCAACAUGUUCUUUGGUGGUGGCUUCCCUUCCAGUAACGUCCAUGUCUACAGCAAUGGCCGCAUGCGCUACACCUACCAGCAAAGGCAGGACCGCAGGGAGAACCAGGGUGACGGCGGGCUAGGGGUAUUUGUCCAGCUGAUGCCCAUCCUCAUCUUGAUCCUCGUGUCAGCUCUCAGCCAGCUCAUGGUGUCCAGUCCACCCUACAGUCUGAGCCCAAGACCGUCGGUGGGCCAUACCCACAAGCGAGUCACUGACCACCUGAAUGUCGUGUACUACGUAGCCGAGUCCUUUUCUGAGGAGUACACGGGCUCCAGCCUCAAAACAGUUGAACAGAACGUGGAAGACGAUUACAUCGCCAACCUCCGAAAUAACUGCUGGAAGGAAAAACAGCAAAAGGAAGGCUUACUGUACCGGGCGCGGUACUUCGGCGACACUGACAUGUACCACAGAGCGCAGAAGAUGAGCACUCCGAGCUGCAGCCGGCUGUCAGAGGUGCAGGCCUCCAUGCAUGGAUAGUCCCGGGCCAGCCACACCACCCAGGUCCAAACCAUGAAAUCCCUGGAGAAUUUCUGGUGACACUGAGCCAAGGAGAUGGACUGUAUAUUUAAGGAAAGACAUACAAAGGAAAAACAUUAAAAUGGAACUGGAGGCCGAGCGCCGCACCACUGCCCUCUCUCUCACCCAGUAAAUGCCGAAAGCUCGUAGGACAGACAGCAAGCCUGCCACGGGGCUGCCUCCCUCCCCGGCAGGGCUGGCAGAGGCUCCACGUCGCCCGCUCCUAGGAUACAGAAACCAUGGCAACGAAAGUAGAAUGUAAAACUUGCAGCAAGUGUCUGUGGGAAGAGCUGGGGGAGGGGUCACCCCACUGUCUGUCCUCCCUGCCUCCCCCUCCCCCAGGAGCCGCUACCAGUCACCUAACAGGAGAAGCCAGGCAGAAGCACGGUCCUUCCGUAGAAUGUAACUUAGAGAAGCGUGUAUAUGUGUAUGUGUAUAUAUAUAUAUCUAUUUAUAUGUAAAUAGGCAUAUAUAAAGAGAUAUAUAUAUAAUCUACUUUUUAAACUAUGCAGGGACUGGGCUAAGUUGUUCAGCUGAUUUCCUCCACUUUAAAAAGAAAAUGAGGCCGUGUGGGAAAGGGAGCAGCAUGGAAGCUGAAUGCUAGCCCUAGCUGACGACAUUAAGGACCGUCAAGUCAUGUGCUUUUAAUGUCCCCCCUCAGCGCCAGCCUGGCUUUGAUGGCAGCAAGAAUCAUGGUGUAAAUCCAUAGAAACUUCUGAAGGUCACCAGGUUUAGGGCUAAGGUGGCAGGGAGGGAAGAAAGGUGCCCCUGGGAACAGGUAGCCUGGUCAGCACUGGGCCAUGGAGGAGACCCCAGGCAGUCCCGGCUGGGACAAGGCCAGCCACUCUCACUGCCGCCCCCCUCAAUCAGCUCAGGUGGGCGCACUGACCCGGGAGCCAGGAGCCCUGCAGCCGGUCCCCUGCCCACAGCACAGCGGGGCUUGGAGAAGGGCUGAGUUCUCCCGUCCACCUCCCCACCCCAGUCCCCAAGUGGAUUUUGCCUUAUAGGUGCCACAGGGCACAGCUCCCACUGUUGCCACUGGUUUCUCCUAAGUUGUGCACCGAGGACUCCUGAAGCUCUUCCUGCAAGUGUUGCCUCAGGACCCCAGGGCCCGUCCCAGCUCGUGAAGAAAAGCCGGCGCCCGUGGGCACCUGUCUUCAGCCUCCUCGGGGGACUCCCAGGCCUUAUGCUCGCCGGACAGAGGAUUCACCUGAACCAGAAAGGCUUUUUCUCCAUCCCCUUCAAAUGAGGAUUUUUCUCAAAACAGCAGUCGCUGCCAGGGGAAGGAGGAGGGAGGUUUUAUUUAUUCCCACACUGGGCCUUUGGAAAUGGCCGUCUUUCCCUGGGAUGGAUGUGGUGAUGAGCCCACCAUCUUCCAAAGCCUUACUCCCCAGGCUGCCAGCCACAGGGUGGUAACUAUUCUCCCAGAGCUUCUCUUGGCUUUUGUUUUUGUUUUGUUUUUUUUUUUUAACGGUCCCCCAACAAAUAGGAUUCUUGCUGAGAAAGGAAGUUUGGUAAAGAAAUGUCAAAUCUGGUUUAUAUACAAGGUCUUGCAAUGAAGUGGCCACCCAAGCCCAAAACACAAGGACUGGACGCAGGCCAGAGUGCCCCACCUGCAGUGGUCCUGGUGCUCUGCCUCACCUCCUGUCUGUCUGUCUGGUCUUGGUAGCUGUCCCUAGAUGGGCUGAGCCAUGUGCAAUAAGAACAUGGGUCCUGAUGGAUCUCCGAGAAGCUGUAUUUCUUGAAUUAGAAUUCUGAAAUUGUACAUCUAUAAAUAUGUUUAUUAUGUGA